CAUUCUCUGACACAACACGGAAGCGAAUAUGAUGGCAAGUUUCUGACCGUUGGGAAAGCCUUAGAGGCUCCAUAAGGGCAAUGUCUAUGCGGCAAACAUGUUAAUAACGCUAUGUUAUGUCUACCUCUGGGUGCGCUUUCAGAAAUGCUACACGGGGGUCAUUCGGAGUGUUUUGUUUAGACUGCACGCAAACCGGAGCAGCUUCGCCUUCUGCGCGCAGACAUUCAGCAGCCUGCAGAGUCCCACCUCAGCCGAGGACACAGUCUUCCUUCAGCUGGGCAACAAGGUUAUUUACAUCACCGAGCCUCAAGCAUGUGAUGACCUGAGCAAGUGGACUUUGUUGCUCAGCUCUUCUUUGGUUACUGCUCCAAAACUAGAGAACAUCGCUUUUAUUAUAGAAGCUACAACAAAACAGACAGCUGUACACUCUCGUCCAUCAUCAAACAAGAAAGCACUGAAUUGGUCAGACUAUUGCCUUCCUCUGGCCUGCAGACCAGGGCAGCCAUACCGGGCAGUGGCUGAGGCGAGCCUGGACAACUUCAGCACUCUUGGAGUGGCUUUCCUGGAAGACCGACUGCAAAUGGGAAAUGGCCUCAUUCCUGAAAAAAUAGUUUCGGUGUUGCUAAGGGAAUCUGCGCUGAAGGAACUCUUUGAGAAGCAGCAAUCAGGCUUGGAGAAAAAGCCUGACCCGGUUCUAAGCAGCUUUCCAAAGGACACUGUUUUGUCUUCGGCUUCUCCGUGUGAGCAGUGGGCCGAAGAUAUUCCGCAAGACCUCGGGAAGAACACAUGUGGACCAUUGAGUGACCAGAAGGUGGAACCAGAGCACAAAACUGACCAUCAUCACAUGGAUGGCCACCACCUGCACCUCUCCAGCUGCCAAGAGUGCCUGGAGCUGGAGAACAGCACCAUCCAAUCAGUGAAAUAUGCCUCAGUCGAGAACAUCCCAGACCUGCCUGAUGAUUACACAGACACUGAUGUAGAGGAGGAAGCCGAUGAGAGUUUCUCGGCCUGGAGAAGGUUUGACAAUACAAACAGCAAACCGCCCAAUGUGCUUGUGUACACAGGCGGCUGUGAGGAGCACUACAGACACGUGCACUCACUUCUGGCUGAAUGCAUUGACACUGAUCGCUAUGCUAUCUACCCCCUGCGGCCACAGCAGGCACUUGAAGAGCCGUGGCUAGAAAACACACUGCUCCUGGUGCUGGCCACAGAAGAAACACUCACGCCUGGGCUGCAGCUGCGCUUUCUGACAUACCUAGGCCAGGGUGGUAAAGUCCUGGGUCUGUCCUGUUCGUUGUGCCCAGCCGGGCUCAGGCUACAUUCCCGGGAGGAGCAACGAGGCCAAAUCUGCAGCCUGAACUUCACUAAAUCUGAUAGCACAGAGGUACAUCUAAGCGUGUUAACCAGUGGGAAUGUUUAUAUACGUGAACCGCAUGAUGCUAGCAGCGGAGAGGUGGAGUUGUGGGGAGAGCUGAGUGCCAAGGGCGAAGAGGAGAAAGACAUGGUUAUUGUCAGAGUCACUCACGGCGAGGAUGGUGGAGAAGCUGUAUUGUGUCAGGUGCAUUUGGAGUCCGCUCCAGACUCUGAACAGGUGCAGGUCAGUGCAGGCUUCUCAGAGCUGAAGAUGAGUAAUGCAAAACGCUAUGAGGUCCUGACAGAAAUCCUCACCUCUCUAGGCCUUAGCUGUGAACUGAACCAGGUGCCUCAACCAAGCCCCAUUUACCUGCUUUCCACUCAGUCGAAGCUGAAGAAUGCAUUUGUGCGCUGGCUGAGAGAGCAUGUGGAUGGUAAGGACACUGUACGCUCUCAGAAGACCAGCCUAAGGGUGAUAUGGGGCCAAGAGGUGCUGAGCGAGUUAGGCGACGGAGAGCUAGCACUGCACACUGAGGCCCCAGAAUUUCUCUCUGAGCAUUUCAGCAUGGAGGCAUACAGGCAGCACCUGCACAGCCAGCGGCUGGGACACACACUGCUCUACGCAGAUGUCACUCCUUCCACCAUGGACCUGCUAGAGGGAUUGAUGUUGCAGUUACCAGAGGAUAUGGGGUUAAUUGCUGUGGCAGCACGUCAGACUAAGGGCAAAGGGCGAGGGGGGAACGCGUGGUUGAGCCCAGUGGGUUGCGCCAUGUUCACGCUGCACUUGCAAGUAGCGGUGAGCUCCCGACUUGGCCAGAGAAUCCCCUUCCUGCAGCACCUGGCUGCUCUUGCUAUGGUGGAGGCUGUGCGCACACUGCCUGGAUAUGAGGACAUUGACCUGAGGGUGAAGUGGCCCAAUGAUAUUUACUAUGGUAACCUGAUGAAGCUCGGGGGAGUGCUGGUCACAUCAACUGUUAUGGGAUCCACUUUUCACCUCCUCAUUGGUUGUGGGUUUAAUGUGAGCAACAGUAACCCCACCAUCUGCGUUAAUGACCUGGUGGUUCAGCAUAAUCGUGAGCAAGGGAGCAAGCUGAGUCCUCUAAGCCCAGGACAGCUCAUCGGCCGCUCUGUCACUCUGCUAGAGCAGCUCAUUUCUGACUUUCAGCUGCAUGGCCCUGAGGCAGUCCUGCCCAUUUACUACAAAAGAUGGGUGCAUGGUGGUACAAAGGUGCGGUUAUGGAGUGAGGAUGGUCCUGAGGCUGAGGUGGUGGGACUGGAUGAUCACGGCUUCCUGCAGGUGAGCUCUCGAGACCAGGGUCUGGUGUCUGUUCAGCCUGAUGGAAACUCCUUCGACAUGCUGAGAAACCUGGUCGUCACCAAGCACAACUAGCUUCUACAUACGCACACAGUGGUUCAGCACUGCACCAUUCCAUGUAAGCGCUUAUUGCUGCAAGAAAGGAAUGUCUGCAGCAAUGUCAGAUUUCACUCGUAACUGAAUAUUGGGAGCAGUAACCUAUAAUUGUUCAUGUUCUUGUACUAAAAACUUGAUUUUAAAUGAAUUAGAGGUAUAAGGAAAGGUCUGAACAGACCUCAGAUUAGGAUUAUGGUGUUGAGUUUAACAUAAGGCAACAAUUAUAAUUAUUGCUAGGCAAAUCUUUAAUUUCAUACAUAAUUAAGUUGCAUUUAAGAAAACACUAGUACUAAUUCACUUAGAUGAGAACACGUCUGGUUAAGUUUUAUCAGUUUAUUGGACCUUCCGAGUGUGUUGAUUUGAGAGUCUUCUGUUUAUCAUAAAAAUGCGGCUUUCUAAAUACACAUUUUGCAGGUCUUUUAUUUCCAGCACGCUACAACACGUGGUGAUCAGAUUGUGCAUGUUUGCUUUGAAAAAUUCCAUAACUAAUUGCAAAACAUCAGGAACUAUUAGUAAAGAUGGCAGUGCACACUCAUACAACAUGACCUUAAAUGUCAUAUCUGUCCCUUUUCAAAACUUUUUGUCUGUAUUUGUGAUUGCAGUAAUGAAAAUCUUAUGAGUUCUUUAUGGGUAUUUAAAAAAAAAAUUGGUUACAGUGGUUUAUUUUUAAGCCUUUAUAUGUGAAACUGAAGCACUUAUGAGAAUAUUUAAUUACUUGUGACUUGUUUUUUGUGACGAUAUAUAAAAAAAUAAGAGUGCUUAAUAUUUUGUGAUCAACAGUUUGUAUACAGAUGUGAUUUUCCAUUUAAUAAGUCUGAGAGGUCAUUCCAGUGUUUUAUAGUAUUACUCAUCCCAAAUAAAAAGAAUGUAUUGACUGAA